AUGGAAUCACUGACUUCUUCUAGUGGCAGAUCCUCUUCCUCCUAUCGCUCCUCGGCCCGUUACAGCUCCUCCAGUAGUUUUCGGUCAGAGGGCUCACGGGCUGGAUCAUGCGACUCCCUGGAGGCACUUUUAGAGCCUUUGCUUGACUCGGCAGAUUCCUCCUGCCUGUUUGGUGAAGAGGUCCACGGCGGGCCCGCUUGCCAGGCCCCCUUCGGCAGGCGCGGCAGAUCCUCCUAUGGACUCACUGCUGCAGUGGGUGGCGCUGUUCCUAUUUGUCAGACUGGUGCUGGAGGUGUGCAGUGUGUCGGAGAUGGCUACUAUAUGUCCGCUGAUGUCAGCCAGUUUGAGCCGCAUGAUGUUGUGGUGAUGGCGUAUAACCACCAUGUCGUCAUUCACGCUGAGAAGGUCACGGAAGAUGGAAGCGUCAGUGACACAUUCACACAGAAAUCUCUGUUUCCCAAGGACAUGAACCCCCUUUCUGUCUGUGGGACCUUUAACCGUGAUGGUAUCCUGGUUGUGAGUGUCUGCCGGAUCAACCCUACAGAUGGAAAGGAUCCUCUGGCUGUCCCGACGUACCGCAGCGAAGCUCACCUUUGA